CCGGUGUUAUGGUAAAUAAGGACAGGCUGCACAAUGACUUGGAGCAUAUAUGAACACAGAAUGUAAAAUGUUUGAAAGCCGGAAACAUAAUUUGGACAGAGAUGUUGAAUGAAUGUAUAAAUAAACAGAUUGAGUCAUUGUUUUCCUAGAUUCCAAACAAAAAUAAUGCCCAGUACAGGUCCACACUCUUAACUUUCUGGUAAUGAAUCUUGAAUCCUGUAUUGAAAUGUAAAAAAAUCCUGAAUCUGAAUCCAGCAGAGAAUUUUUAUCUGGAAUGAAGCACAGCUCCCUGACAGUCGGGAUUGGAAGUUAUUUGGAUAGCAUUAGAAAACAACUGAUUCAUCCACUCUGUACCCCACGGUAGACAUUUAGUAUUUGAUGGGGUUAGGUAAUUACAUUGUAUAUACAUCUACAGUUGUGUAGGUCAGAAUAGCAAUCACACAAUUUAGAAUCAAAGACUGGUGGUGUGGCUGCAGCUAUAUUAUAGCAUGGAGCAGUACAACAUCUUAGGCAGGAUAGGAGAGGGAGCACACGGUAUUGUCUUCAAGGCUAAACACACUGAGGUGGUAAACCUGCGUGAGGUAUUCCCGUACGGCUCUGGUUUUGUUCUAGUAUUUGAGUUCAUGUUGUCAGACUUGUCUGAGGUGAUCAGGAAUACCAACACCCCAUUGACAGAGGCUCACAUCAAAAGCUACAUGCUGAUGCUGCUGAAGGGUGUGGCUUUCUGCCAUAACAAUAAUAUCAUGCACAGGGACUUAAAGCCAGCCAAUCUUCUCAUCAGUUCUACGGGUCACUUGAAGAUAGCAGACUUUGGUCUGGCCAGAGUGUUUCAGAACGAAGGCAACCGACAAUACAGCCACCAGGUGGCUACCAGAUGGUACCGUGCCCCAGAGUUACUGUAUGGUGCCAGGAAAUAUGAUGAAGGUGUAGAUUUAUGGGCGGUGGGAUGCAUACUUGGAGAGCUGCUGAAUAACUCACCACUUUUUCCAGGGGAGAAUGACAUAGAACAGUUGUGUUGUGUGUUGAGAGUGUUAGGAACACCAACUGAAGCUACCUGGCCAGUGAGUAGAAAUAUUAUUAUAUUACAAUACUGA